CACGGCGACUACAACAGCUACCAGAAGAUAUUCGCGGUUCGAUUGCCCCGACGAGUUGGAACGACGUGUCAGCACCAGCGGUGCCAGUGGUAGUGUAGGCAGCAGUGUUGUUGGUGGUGGUGGUGGCGGCGGCGGCGGCGGCGGCAUUGGAGUUAUUUCAAGUCGUUCAUCCACAGCCUCGGCAGAGCAGUUUCAGAGCUUAUACAGCAGCAGUGGCGCUGGUAGUGGUGGUGAUGUAGUGCAACAACAAGCUCCACAGCAAUACGGUUCCAGAUCCUUUGGUGAGGCACGGUUUAAGCGUGGCAGUAUUUACGGUGAUUCAUCGAAUAAGUUCUCUUCGAUUGGCGGCAGUAGUAGUAGUAGUAGUGGUGCUGGGGUUGGUCACAGCGGUAGUUAUACAAGCGGUCUUGAUGGCAGUAGAACGGGUACUGUGAAUGGCUAUGACACAACACGACAUUGUGAUGGUGGUGAGGGUACAACAACAACAACAAGAUCACAGCAGGCUUAUACGGAUGGUAACACAACAACAUCAACAGGUUCAUAUUCCACAACAAGUUGUACCAGCACUCCUCUGAGACAGCGUCUUCCCUCGCAAGCGGGCCUCAAUGAUUUGAGUGCAGCAAAUCCGGGCAUUUUUGUGGGCGGCAUUGGUGGCAGCAACAUUUAUUGCAAUAACAUACAAACACCCAGUACAUUUAAUAGCAGCAAUCUUGGUGUCAAUUAUUCAGGAGUGGGAGCGGGUAGUGCAAGUGGUGGUGCUGGUGGAGGCGUUGGUAGUGCUACUGGUGUUGUCGGAGUUGGUCUAGGCAGCAGUGGUGGCAGUGUAAACAGCAAUAACCAGACAAACAGCACUAACAUCAACAGUAGUGGUAAUAACAGCUCCAGUGUAGCUGCAGGUGCUAGUUUAGGUGGCGGCAGUGUAAGCGGAAGUUGUGGCACAGUUGCAGUUGCUUCACCAUCAUCGACGAGCGGUGUGGGGCCUCGACGUCAAGGCAGUUUUACGAAUGUUUUUUCAAAAUUAAUGGAUGGUAUGCCAGCAGGAACAAUGUUUUCUAAAUUCAAGAACACCAGCAGCACACCGGUGACUCAACAGACCGUCAUCGAUGGCAAUCCCAUUAAACAGUAUUUCGAUAUCGGCAAGCAGGUGGCAUGUGCUGGCCCCGAACUGGCAUGGAGAAUUCACGAGGGACAUCGAAAGAAUGAUGGAAAGGAAUGCUCGGUAUUUGUAUUCGAGAAGAAAAUUGCUGAAAAAUUGCACAAACCGAGACGCAAAGAAACUAUAACGGAAAUUUUAAAAAAUUCUGUGAAAAAUUUAGAAAGAUUCCGGCAUCCCAAGAUGCUACAAGUCAUUCACACUGUAGAAGAAUCAUCCGAUACAUUGGCAUUUGCCACAGAACCUGUCAUGGCCAGUUUGGCAAAUAUCUUGGCCUAUCAUGAAUCCAAGACAUAUGAAAAUGUAAUGCAAGCCAAUUCUGGAAGCAAUCAAAAUGCCCAACCCAGCUCACCAUCCAUGCCACAAAGGCCCGCCCACGCCAAGGAAUAUACGUUUUUGGACAUUGAAUUAAAGUGUGGAUUUUUACAGUUGGUGGAGGCAAUGACAUUUUUGCAUUAUUCAGGACAUGUCAUACAUCGCAAUAUAUGUCCAGCAUCAAUAUUUAUUACAAAAAGGGGUACCUGGAAAUUAGGUGGCUUAGAAUUUUUAGAAAGAAUGAAUGAGACUGAUAUAAAUGACUUUAUAACAUGUCAACCUUGGACAACUCGCAUAUCAAAAAUGGCACAGCCAAAUUUGGAUUUUAUGCCACCUGAAACUCAAUUACAUUCGAAAUGUAGUCUUCUCAGUGACAUGUUUUCUUUAGGUUUAGUAAUCUGCGCUGUCUUCAAUAGAGGGCGACCCAUAAUACAGUCGGGCAAUGUGCCCGCCAACUAUAUCAAGCAAUUGGAAUCGUUGGAUGAGAACGUACAAAAGAUGUUGCCCAGAGUACCGGUGCCCCUGCAGGAAGCCACAUCACGGCUGGUGAGUCGAGAUCCAACAGCACGACCAACAGCUCAACUCUUGCAGUUGAUAAAAUAUUUUGUUGAUCCUGCGGUAAAUGCCCUCAAGUUUCUCGAUGUGGUUAACAUGAAGGAUACAUCACAGAAAUCCCAGUUUUACAAAGUCACAUUAAUGGAGAGCAUGCCGCUUAUACCAAAGAAAUUAUGGUGGCAGAACCUGUGGCCCAUGUUACAAUCGGAAAUUAACAACGGCGAAGUGCUAGCAGCUGUUUUACACCCGGUCCUUACUUUACUGCAGGAUGCAUCAAAGCCUGAAUAUGAAAGUGUAAUGGCGCCAACAAUGAAGAUCAUAUUAAGUGGACCAAAAUCCAUACAAGCCACGGUCACUCUGCUGGAGAAUUUACAUUUUGUCAUUGAGAAGACUCCACCAGCAGAUAUUGUAACAGACAUAAUGCCCAUGCUGUUUUCAUCCUUUGAAAGUUCAACCAUACAAGUUCAGAAUGCGGCUGUUGUUGCGGUGACAAAUGUCUACGACUGCAUUACAGAAAUGUCAAUUAAACGCCUUGUGUUGCCAAAGGUCAAAUCUGUUUUUGAUAAGAAUUUAACCGACCCCAAGAUUGUGCAAAAUGUUUUGAUUUGCAUCGAAAGCCUUAUGGAUAGAAUGGACAAGCCCGAGGUCACCGAUGAAAUUUUAACGAUACUCGCUGGUGUGGAAAUACCGGAUCCAGAUUUAAUUAUGCGUUCAGUGCGUAUUUAUCAAAGGCUGUUCUUCGAUUCGUCCUAUGGAUUAACGACGGAAGCUGUUGCCAAUAACGUAUUGCCACUGCUGAUCCCACACACCAUCAAUCCGCAUUUGAGUUUCGAACAGUAUUGCUUUCUGUUGGAGGCCAUACAAGCAUUUCUGGAGAGCAUCGAUCGUCAACAGCGAACCCGUUUAAAAAUGGAAAAUUUAACCAUGUCCUCACCGGAACGACAUCGUACGCUCAGACAUCAGUAUUCGACGGAUAAUAUGAAUGCGAUACCACCGUUUAAUAUACCCAAUUUACGUAUAGAUCAGCGUAAAACAUCCAGUGCUGAGGAUAUGGCCAGAAAGAAUUCUGGGGGCUCUGGCAUGUUGGGUGGUUGGUGGUUCGGUUGCUCGCCUUCAUCACCGGAUAGCAAUUUUCUGCGAGUGGCCAAUGCCUUCCCCAAUCGACGUCUCUCGGACAAUACAUUAAUGACACCAAAGAUACGCAUUGCCCCCUCGUGUGCCUCAUCGCCGGGUGGCACCCCCGGCAGUGGCCUACCCACAAGACGUCACUCAAGUAUUGGGCCUCAGGAGAGGCGUGGCUCGACCAUAAAUCUAUCGCCGCCCACGCUUGCACGGAGCAUGAUCGGUGGAUCCAUGCCGAAUACCUCGAGCAGUGUGCCAUUUUUGUUGUCAUCCAGCAUGCAAUCGAUACGCUCUCGUCGCACCUCAGCAGCAUUGUCAUCUGGUCCAUUGGGCUCCGGUUCGGGAUUGCUACAACAGUUGGGCAGUGGCAUGGUAAGACAAUUCACUUCAGUUUCUGCUAAUAAUCCCAAUCAAAUGAUACCCGUUAUAAAUAUAAACAAUCAACGACAAAAUGUGCGCAAGUGUCCGUCACUCAAUAUAACAUUUACUCAAUAAAACUAAAGGAGAAAUGUGGCAAAGAGAAAAGUAAACACAAAUAAUAACUGUAAGGUUCACAAAGUGAAUGAAAUCCCUAUGAGAAAAUCACAACAUGCUGAGGACCUAGACUAGACCAUUCAAUAAUCAUAACAAAUCAAAAUUCUGUAAAUAAAUGAAUUGAAACCGAACAAGAAAGGUUGUAUAUGGACAUACUUUAAGAAAGGAUUUCAAAAUGUAACACAAGGCAACAUACAUCACAAAAUUUGCUUGAGUGCCAUACUAAGAAAACAGAUGA